AUGUUACUAGGGAACAAGAAAGCAGCUUUAUUGUUAUUGCUUUGUGUGCAUGUUUUUGUGGCCAAUAUUGUGGUUGCAAGGAAUGUGGCAAAUGUAAACAAUGAAGAGGAGAAGAACCUUUUAGGAUUUGGUAAGGGAGGUGGAUUUGGAGUUGGAUUUGGUGGAGGGGCAGGAGCUGGUGGAGGUGGUGGAUUUGGAGCUGGAGGAGGUGGAGGACUUGGGGGUGGUGCAGGUGGUGGAGGAGGGUUUGGUGGAGGUGCAGGUGGGGGCGGUGGACUUGGAGGUGGAGGAGGGUUUGGUGGAGGGCAUGGAGUUGGAGGUGGGAUAGGAAAAGGUGGAGGACUUGGUGGAGGCGGUGGUUUUGGAAAAGGUGGAGGAUUAGGAGGUGGAAUAGGUAAAGGUGGAGGACUUGGAGGUGGUCAUGGUGGGGGCAUUGGGAAAGGUGGAGGUUUAGGAGGUGGUGGUGGCUUUGGAAAAGGUGGUGGUGUUGGAGGAGGUGCAGGUGGUGGCAUUGGUAAGGGUGGAGGUCUUGGUGGUGGAGGAGGCUUUGGAAAAGGUGGUGGUGUUGGAGGUGGGAUUGGCAAAGGUGGAGGUCUUGGAGGAGGUGGUGGAGGAGGCUUUGGAAAAGGUGGUGGUGUUGGAGGUGGGAUUGGCAAAGGUGGAGGUCUUGGAGGAGGUGGUGGUGUAGGAGGUGGAAUCGGCAAAGGUGGAGGUCUUGGUAGUGGUGGAGGUUUUGGAAAAGGUGGUGGUGUAGGAGGUGGAAUUGGCAAAGGUGGAGGUCUUGGUGGCGGUGGAGGCUUUGGAAAAGGUGGCGGAGUUGGAGGUGGAUUUGGUAAAGGUGGAGGUUUAGGUGGUGGUUCUGGUGGAGGUGGCGGUUUAGGUGGUGGUGUAGGUGGAGGUGUUGGAGGUGGUUCAGGUGGAGGUUUAGGUGGUGGUGUUGGAGGUGGUUCAGGUGGUGGUGUAGGAGGAGGAUUUGGUAAAGGUGGAGGUUUUGGUGGUGGUGCUGGUGGAGGUUCUGGCGGUGGUAUUGGUGGGGGAUUUGGUAAAGGUGGUGGCUUUGGAGGUGGUUUUGGUGGAGGAGCUGGUGGGGGUGGCGGUUUUGGUGGGGGUGGCGGAGGAGGUGGAGGUGGUGGAAUUGGAGAGUUGCACCAGUGA